GCGCUCUCGCGCACACCUGCGAGGAGAGGAAGAACGCGGAGUCUGCUGCCACGUGCCGCGCAUCGCGCGGUCAGACAGUUCCACGUUGGACAGUAAAAAGAGAAGCGGGCGCGAGCUUACGCUGCCGUCAGGUUCCGUUCCGACCACAGAUAAACAAAGUGGACCGACUUGAUCGCAUACACAGAACGAGAUUGAAAACGGGGAAGAGUUGCUUUUCUCAACGAAUCUGCUUUACGGAGCUCCACUUUCUGCCAGCUGCGCACCCCUUCUGUUGAGGCUGUGGUAUGAGCCUAUGCGGCAGGAAGGCCCUGACGUUGCUGAGCAGCGUGUUCGCUGUUUGCGGCCUCGGCCUGUUGGGGAUCGCCGUGAGCACCGACUACUGGCUCUACCUGGAGGAGGGGGUCAUCCUUCCCCUUAACCAGAGCACGGAGAUGCGCAUGUCCCUUCACUCUGGCCUCUGGAGGGUUUGCUUCCUGGCUGGGGAAGAGAAAGGCCGGUGCUUUACCAUUGAGUAUGUGAUGCCCACUAAUGUCCAGAUAACGUCUGAGUCCACCGUUAGUGUACUCAAGAUGAUCCGCUCUUCUACACCCUUUCCUCUGGUCAGCCUCUUCUUCAUGUUCAUUGGUUUUGUACUCAGUAACAUCGGCCAUAUUCGACCACAUCGCACUAUCCUGGCUUUUGUUUCUGGGAUCUUCUUCAUCCUAUCAGGUCUGUCGCUGGUCGUUGGUCUGGUUUUGUACAUCUCCAACAUUAAUGAUGAAAUGUUGAACAGGACCAAAAGUAACGAGGCUUACUUCAGCUACAAGUACGGCUGGUCGUUUGCAUUUGCUGCCAUCUCCUUCCUGCUGACAGAGACGGCAGGCGUCAUGUCAGUGUACCUGUUCAUGAAGCGAUACACAGCGGAGGAAAUGUACAGACCCCAUCAGGGCUUCUACCGGCCUCGCCUCAGCAACUGCUCAGACUACUCGGGCCAGUUUCUCCAUCCGGACGCCUGGGCCGGGCGUGGCCGUAGUGCCUCCUCCAUCUCCUCCGAGGCCUCCCUUCAGAUGAACUCCUCCAACUAUCCUGCCCUCCUUAAAUGCCCAGAGUACGAACAAAUGUCCUCCUCACCCUGCUGAGGCAAGGGACCCACAUUGGCGACUCUGUGCUAAAAGUGAUGGCGGUUGUUUUUGUUUUUCUUCCAACAUUUUGGCAUAUAGUUGUCGAAUGAUUUGAUAUCAUCCAUCUUGAAGUCCUCACUUCAGAUGCUUGUAACAUGGCCUGAUUUUUUUUUUCUUUGACCUCUCAACUGCUUAUUUUUAGUUAUGGUUUUUGUUUUGAAAGAAGCAAAAGAUGAGAUUAUUCUAUGUGUUUCGGAUGGGAGAAGAAGGUUGUACGCGUAUAUGACUCUGUUUUGUAAUGACUCGUGGCUAGCAGCUUGCUGAAUCUACAGAUUAGAGCUGGAUAGGUGUAACUAACAUGCGGACUUUGCAUGUUACAUAAAAAAAAAUAUAUAAACAUAUGGUUUGGAAGUUUACAUGGAAGGCAUUAACCAAUCGGUCUUGUUGCCCACUAUAAGUGUGCAGAAAGCUUUCUCAGGAAGGGUAAUCCUGAAAGUUUAAUUCAUUAAAGUAUUUAUUAAGUUAUAUCACGGGAUUCCUGCAAACAAUGCACUGAAAGCUGCACUCCGUUCUGUGCACAUCCUUUUCGAGCGUGUUUACACUAUGUUCAGAACCAUAUUUCAGAACAAACGGUUGGAAGUGCAUAGCCUGUGAAGACAGACCUGCCUUUCAUACUCAUAAAGUCAGCUUUAUUAUGUAAUGCUCCUUUUUUCUAAGCAAAUUGUUGGGAAGGGAUGGAUUAUGAAAAAUUGUGACUGAUAUUUAUGUAAUUAUUUUUCUCGUUUUCAAUUUCACUGUAAAUUCCCGUAUUACGCACACCUUUGGUUAACCUAAUAUAUAUCUUUUUUUAACCUCACUUCAUUGGAGUUUUGCAUUUUAACUGUCUCAGAUCCAUGCGAGGAGCAUUAAGGCUUUCAUUGGGUUUCACUGAAUUUAGGCAUUUAUGCUUGUAAAGCCGAAAACAAAUAUAGUCAUUUUCAUGCACUCACAAUUUACGGUGCAACUAUGCACUGCGGCUUUACGUCGUCAACCAGACAA